CCUCUGCCUUCCCUGGCGCCGCAAACCCGAUCCGCCUCUCCUGCACCCGUCGCACUCUGCGCCGGCUCGUCCAGUCUAUGCCCGAAGCGACCAUGCCAAGCGACGACGGCAAGGCGUCCGACUCGCUCGACUCACUCGACUCGCUCUCCUCCGCCAGCAGCUCCAACUCCGACCACUUUGAUGACGACAGCGACGACGACGACUUUUACUAUGCCAACUACGACCGCCCCGGCCUGGACUAUGAAUCGGUUGUAUUUGACGCCCUCGUCGGCCGAGCCUCGACGCUGCUGCAGGUCUUUGAUCGCCGCACAUCCAAGAUACGGUCCAGGUUGAAGGAGAACAAGCAGAAACUCAAGCGCAAGCUGCGCGAACAAAAGGUCAUCCGGCUGCGGGACAAGAUAUCGUUUGUCGGCGGCAUAACCAACAUUUGGUUCACGACCAUGGUCCUCUGCCGGUUCCCCGAGUGGAUGCCGCUCUACUUCACAUCCAUCUCCAUCAUUCUGAUCACCCUGCGGUGGUUCAUGUACAAGUCGCGCAAGUGGCACUAUUUCAUUGCCGAUCUCUGCUAUCACGUCAACUUCCUGACGAUGCUCUAUCUGCACGUCUUUCCGAGCUCCAAAUUCAUCUUCAUCGCGGCCUUCUGUCUGGCGCACGGCCCGGUCAUCUGGGCCAACUAUGCCUGGAGAACCUCGCUGGUCCUGCACAGCCUGGACAAGGUUACCAGCGUCUGGAUCCAUCUUUCGCCGCAGCUCACCUUCUACGCCAUCCGUUGGUUCACCGAGAACCGCUCGCGCACCGGCAAGUCGCCUAUCCCGUACCCGCUCGUUGCGUACUUUGGCGGCGAGAAUCCUGCCGCGAUCGACGUGUCGUUCACCGAGUCCAUGGUCAUCGCCAUCAGCGUCUAUCUCCUCUGGCAGGUGCUCUACUUUUACUUCAUCAUGAUCCUGAAUGGCGACAAGGUCUACAGCGGCGACCGUGCCACCUCCUUUACCUGGCUUGUCGGCGAUAUUGUCAAGAAGAGCCCGCCCAACUCGCCCGUCAUGCGCCUGCUGCGGUUCUGCGGCCCCGACAACCACGUCUACGUGUUCAUGGCAGGACAGCUCGUCUUUGCAGUGGUGACCACGGCGCCGGCCUUUUUAUAUUACCGCUACUUUUGGCUGCACACUGCAGCGAUCAUCUGUAUUGUGAUGGUCACCGUCUUCAACGGCGCCGGCUACUACUUUGAAGUCUUCACCAGCCGAUAUACUGCGGAGCUGCAGCAGAUCAACCAAGAUGAGCAGGAAGAACCUCUUCUCGAGGCUGCAUUUGGCUGCACAUCGUCGCGAUCGAGCUCCAAGGCCCCAUGGAGGGAUCCCAAGGCCGAAGCCGGAACAAGUGCUUCGGCACAGGCCACUGAAGCAUCAAAGGAAUAAUGUGGCACUGCAGCUGGAGUAGGCUCGCAUUCCCGCCCAACUCGGCUGUCCCCAUAUCCAUAUCCCUUUCUUUCCUUAUUUCUCUCUUUGUUGGUAUAUAUUUUCUUCGAUCAGUAUGUGUAUCUUUCAGUUCCGUCAAGUAACAAAAACACCCAGAUUGCAGCACAAAAGACUAAAUGGCGCACCUGUUGUCAUAGCCGACGC